UUAUAUACAACAACAGAUCGGUUCAAAUCUUCAUUAUCUUCUUAUCCAACAACUGUUUACAAAGCAAACCCUCUUCCAAUUCAUUCAGAUUCUCUCACAAACACAAUGAACUUUCUUUCAGAUCUUCAGAAGAAAUCCAACAGUUCUUCUGAGACUCACCUCCCUGAAGAAAAGAAUGAUCAAAACCAAAACCAACACCAACACCACCAACCAUCAAACGCUGAGCUCAUGGCCAGUGCCAAGUUGUUAGCUGAGGCAGGCCAAACAACUAUUAGCCAGGGAGCUGACAAAGUUGACAAGGCCAAGGUGGCUGGAGCAGCUGGUGAUCUUUUGGGAGCUGCCUCUAGCUAUGGAAAGUUGGAAGAAAAGAGCUACGGCAAGUAUGUGGAAAAGGCUGAGACCUAUCUCGACCAAUAUGGCAACCCCUCCUCCCAAUCCCAACCCCAAUCCCAUUCCACCACCACAGACUCAGAACCACAUUCAGCUGCUGCUGGUGGUGAUCAUGAAAGUGAAGGCAAUACUGAAAGUGGGACUGGGGACUACGUGAAGAUGGCUCAAGGUUUCUUGAAGAAAUGAACAUUUAAAUUCCAAUUUCCCAACUGCUUAUGCUUAGCAGUUUCUUAAUUUGGUGUAUCUCUAAUAUUACGACACCCUUGUUUCUGAGUGUUCUUUUUUUUUCUUUUUCCAAUCUUGUGUUGUAUGUUCUAUAGUAUGUUUGUUCUCUGUUUAGCUUUUAGAUUGUAACGGGGCUGAAGCAGACUUAGAUCUACUCUGUCAAGAAAUUAUUAAUUAAGAAUAAAAUUUGUGCUAUUUGCUAUAGCUUAUAGCCUAUAAA